CAGCGGCAGGCGUAUCCAGGGCGCUUGGGUUGCUAAGAGGCGCGUCGUAAUCGCCACGUGCUUCUAUGCCUGGUACGCUGCCACUCCUUUUUGAAGGUGAUGGGACGCCGCCACCGCCGCCGCGCACCGCAGACAACUUCCGUAAUCGUGGCAAGGCGAAAGCACAGAGCCAUAAACAAGAAUGAAAUAGAUGAAUUCGAUUAGAAAUACAUGUCACAGGGAAUAAUCCUAAACCACUGCUUUUGUGAGAUGAAAGCAAAAACAAUGAUUAUUAGAAACAGGAGACAGCAACGGAUGAGCUUAUCGAUCAAGAAUUUUAAUUCGUGUACCAGAACACGGCACGGAGGCGUUGUAUCACGAGAUAUUGAAUCUUGUAAGAUGUAAUUGAGCUGUCUUCAUAGUUGUUUUUAUUUUUUAUCCUAACUAGUAGACCAACAAUGUCCUUUGCAAUUCUCUUAAUUAGCUCACCAGUGCUCUCUUGGGAACGAUGUUCUUGAUUAUGUGUUCACUAUUUGGAAUUGUCAUGAGAUGGAUUUAUGAAUGUCUAUCAUUAUUUUUUAUUGUCGUGCGGAGUGGAUGUAUCUGUAUCAGCGGAAGCUAACUAAGUUGCAUCAGGAGCUACUUUAUACUCGCAUACAGCGAACGUCAACAAACUCGCAGAAAAAUAAAUGAGUUGUGACAUCUACAUUAUUUAUAGUUGGAGUUAGCUCUUUAUCCAAUUGACGUGAAGAUGAAUGUGCUCCAACAAGGCUUCGAUGGAGCUUCGUUGGUGACAAGUAAUUGCUUGUUGAUUCAUUUUCAUUCGUUCCUGUCUUUCAGAUAAGCUAAUAUCUUAUGCAAGAAUUUAUUAUGUCCAACAAGAUGAUGAAAUGAUUCUUUACCCCACAAGAUUUAAUGGACAACAUAGAUUGUAGAACUAACACGCAGGUCCGAUUUACAUCAGCGAGAAAUUGUCGAACUUUCAGAGGAAAGAUUCUGAAAGAUCUUUCACGACAGAGGAGAGACCUGAUGGAUCCUUCAGUACGGGUACACCGACUAAAGUCAUUAUAGCUUUUAUUUGAUGCAGAUGGUGGAUCUGAUUAGCUGCCAUUUUGUCUCUCCGGUGGUCGCGAAUGACCCUAUCAGGGACACACGGCUGACAUCGUGGCUCUGAGUCUGAUUUCUUAGGAGGACCAUCACUUACAGGAGGUCACUGGGAAACAGCAAACUGCGGAGGAUUACUGGGAAGUAUUGAACGCGGACUGUUAUGCUGUAAUGGAAGAGAAUUUGAAGGAAAAUAAUGCGUGGCGUCAGUCGUUCAAGGAUGUUAGACACGCAACGCUACGAUGCAGGCGGCUGCGUAUUUUUUUAAGGGAAGUAUUUGCACUGUGGCAGCUCAAUGAAAUGACG